AUGGAACCUCUAUGUGAGUUUUGUGGGAUUGUGAGAGCUGUGGUUUAUUGCAAGUCAGAUUCUGCUUGUCUUUGUUUGCAAUGCGAUGACUGUGUACACUCUGCCAAUUCUUUGUCUCGAAGGCAUUCGCGUUCUCUCCUCUGUGAUAAGUGCAAUUCUCAGCCAGCAAUGUUUCGUUGUAUGGAUCAUAAGUUGUCUUUGUGCCAAGGUUGUGACUUGAACCCAAAUAAUUGUGCUGUAUUGGGACAUAGGCGCCUUGCAUUGAAUUGUUAAACUGGUUGUCCUUCUUUGGCCGAGUUUUCUAGGAUUUGGUCCUUUGCGUUUGAUGUUAAUGGGUCAUUUGGUGGUUGGGAAUCACAUAGUACUUUGCCUAAAAGUGAUAGCUGCACAAGCAAACGUUUGGAGCAACCUGAUCAUAAUGGUGGUUCGUUUGGAUCAUUGGUGAGUGACAAAUUGGAUGAAAUGGAACCUUGUGUCAGAUAUGAACCUUGGAUGGAACAACCUUCCACCAUUCCUUCGAAUCCAUGUUACACCCCGUAUUGCAAAGACCAAACAUUUUUCUUUCCUGAAGACUCAAACCAGCCAAAGUUGCAGGGAUGUGCAAAUUUCAAUGAUCUUGGAAUUCAUGAUGGGAAUGAUCUCUGUGACGGUCUCAAUGUGGACAAUGUUCAACUAAAUUUUGAAAGUGCUGAUGACAUAUUUGGCAGCUCUCAAGUUGCCACAAGAUUCAACCUUGAGGAUGGAGGAAUGGACUGUCUAUUGAUGGAUAGAACCAUAUCAGUAACAGAAUCUAAUAGAUUUAUUGAGAGUGCCAUGGAGGCAUCAUCAUCAUCAGUCCAACAAGAUUGUGUGACUUUUCAAUCAUCCACGGCUGGUGGUUCAGCUAGUGUGAUGCAGACCAUCAGCAGUAAUGCAAAUUGUGCACUUUUGAACCCUAGCAGCAAUAGAAGCAUCGAUCUGGGAUUUCCUCAGGGUCAAGUUCAUUCAAACAUACCACUUCAAUUACCAAACAUAACUGGUGAAAGUAGUGCUAAUGAAUAUCAAGACUGUGGGUUAUCGCCAGUGUUUCUUCCAGGCGAAUCCCCCUGGGAAUCAAAUUUGGAGGGCACAUGCCCACUAGCAAGGGAUAAAGCUAAAAUGAGAUACAAUGAGAAAAAGAAAACUCGAACGUUUGGUAAGCAAAUAAGAUAUGCUUCUCGCAAAGCAAGGGCUGAUACAAGGAAACGUGUGAAAGGUAGAUUUGUUAAAGCAGGUGAAGCAUAUGAUUAUGACCCUCUUGUGACAAGGGAUGUCUAA